AUGACUGAAGUUCUCGUCUACGUGACUGAUGCUCUCCAAAAUAUUUACGAUGGUAACUUGGACUAUUGCCAGAAUUUAAAGUACCAAGGACAAUUUGAUUCGAAAGUAGAACAAUUUGAUGUGGUUUUUAAGAAAUUGUUAGAGCGUCAUAUUUAUUUAGAAAAAGAAGUGACUUAUUAUAAGUCACUACUUAGUGAAAAUGAUUCUAUAGUCAUAAUAAAUGACAAUAUAUCUUCUGAUGAAGAUUCCUCUCAACAAGUAACAAAACCAUCAACAGAAAUGACUAUUUCUCCUGCAAAAUAUGAUGCUCUUCGUACUCAUAUUAUGACAUUACCACAUAAAACCACUACUGACACAUUUGAUUCUGAGAGUGAUCCUGAAACUCCUCCUUCUUUAGAACAUGAUAGAAUUUGUUUAGAUUGUUUAAGUCAAUGUACAAAUGUCGCUUUAGCUGUUUCAACUGGUGAUUUCAAACAACGUAUUACUUGUCCUUAUGCAUCCGGUCCAAUGCUUACUUUGAAGAAUGCAAUGAAUAUUAUGGCUGAUAAAAUUGAUCAUGUUUCUGUCGAACUCAUUCGUAAUGCUCGCGAAGUGGGUGAAGAGGGUAGAUUGGGUGUUCAAGCAGAAACUCAAAACAUAGAAGGUGAUUGGAAGGAAAUGAUGGUACACUUAAAUAUGAUGGCUAGUAAUCAUUCAGAACAAGUAAGAGAUAUUGCUGAAGUAUGUACCGCAGUAGCUCAUGGUGAUCUUAGCAAAAAGAUAACUGUUGAAGUUAAAGGAGAAACACUUGUAUUAAAAAAUACUAUUAAUACUAUGGUUACUCGAGUAGCUCAUGAAGUAGGUACUGAAGGUAAACUCGGUGUUCAAGCUCAAGUUCAAGGUGUUGGUGGAACAUGGAAACUUUUAACUGAUAAUGUUAAUACAAUGGCUGCUAAUUUAACUGCUCAAGUGCGUGAUAUCGCUGAUGUAUCGAAAGCUGUCGCAAGAGGGGAUCUAAGUAAAAAAAUUACUGUCGAUGUAAAAGGAGAAAUAUUGGAUCUUAAAAAUACAAUUAAUACUAUGGUUGAUCAAUUACAAACUUUCGCUACAGAGGUCACUCGUGUGUCACUAGAAGUAGGUACUGAAGGUAAACUAGGUGGUCAAGCUAAUAUUAAAAAUGUUGGUGGAAUAUGGAAAGAUCUUACGGACAAUGUAAAUCUCAUGGCUUCAAAUUUAACCGAUCAAGUACGUGAUAUUGCUACUGUUUGUAAGAGUGUGGCUUGCGGUGAUCUUAGCAAGACAAUUACUGUUCAAGUUCAAGGUGAAAUAUUAGAAUUAAAGGUUACCAUAAAUACGAUGGUGGCACAAUUACGUAUGUUUGCUGCCGAGGUUACGCGAGUCUCUCGAGAAGUGGGAACCGAGGGUCAACUCGGUGGUCAAGCAGAAGUCCAAGGUGUAGAUGGCACUUGGAAAAUUUUAACUGAUAAUGUAAAUACCAUGGCCUCUAACUUAACAGCUCAAGUGCGCGAUAUUGCUACUGUUUGUAAGAGUGUUGCAUGUGGCGACCUAAGCAAGAAAAUUACUGUUGAUGUCAAAGGAGAAAUUUUGGACUUAAAGAACACUAUAAACACUAUGGUUGACCAACUACAAACAUUUGCUAUCGAAGUAACUCGUGUCUCCUUAGAAGUAGGCACAGAAGGAAAAUUAGGUGGUCAAGCUAUUGUUAAAGAUGUUGGUGGUAUAUGGAAAGAACUUACAGAUAAUGUUAAUAUAAUGGCUGCUAAUUUAACGACCCAAGUACGAUCAAUUGCUGAAGUUACGACUGCAGUAGCUAGGGGAGAUUUAAGUAAAAAGAUUACUGUAGACGUAAAAGGCGAAAUUCUUGAUUUGAAAAAUACUGUUAAUUCCAUGGUAGAUCAACUACGUAUGUUUGCUGCUGAAGUAACACGUGUAGCACGUGAAGUUGGUACGGAAGGAAUUCUGGGUGUUCAAGCUCAAGUUAAGGAUGUAGGUGGGACGUGGAAAGAACUAACGGAUAAUGUCAAUACGAUGGCGUCUAAUUUAACAGCUCAGGUACGUGAUAUUGCAAACGUAUCAAAAGCUGUUGCACGUGGAGAUCUUAGUAAAAAAAUAACGGUCGAUGUUAAAGGAGAAAUAUGGGGUCUUAAAAAUACCAUAAAUACUAUGGUAGAUCAGUUACAAACGUUUGCUACAGAGGUAACUCGUGUAUCGUUAGAAGUUGGAACAGAAGGGAAAUUAGGAGGACAAGCUGUUGUGAGGGACGUUGAAGGGACAUGGAAAGUUUUAACGGACAAUGUUAAUAUAAUGGCUGCUAAUUUAACAACUCAAGUGCGAUCUAUCGCAGAGGUAACAACAGCUGUUGCAUGUGGUGACCUAAGCAAAAAAAUAACUGUAGAUGUUAAAGGAGAAAUAUUGGAGCUUAAAAACACAGUCAAUUCUAUGGUAGAUCAGUUACGCAUGUUCGCAGCUGAAGUAACACGGGUUGCUCGUGAAGUCGGCACCGAGGGAAUCCUAGGUGUUCAAGCUGAAGUUAAAGAUGUUGGUGGUACAUGGAAAGAACUGACAGAUAACGUGAAUACCAUGGCAUCUAAUUUAACGGCUCAAGUUCGCGAUAUUGCUACUGUCUGUAAAAGUGUGGCUUGUGGUGAUCUUAGUAAGAAGAUUACUGUUAAUGUAAAAGGUGAGAUUUUAGACUUGAAGAACACCAUAAAUACAAUGGUGGAUCAGCUGUCUACCUUUGCUGCCGAAGUUACCCGUGUAGCUCGUGAAGUAGGUACCGAAGGCAAACUUGGUGUUCAAGCUAAAGUUAAAGAUGUUCGAGGGACAUGGAAAGAAAUUACAUCUAACGUUAAUACCAUGGCUGCAAACCUGACGUCUCAGGUGCGUGCUUUCGCUCAAAUUUCCACAGCAGCUACGGACGGAGAUUUCACCCAAUUUAUAACUGUUGACGCAUCAGGCGAAAUGGAUUCCCUUAAGACAAAAAUCAAUCAAAUGGUUUACAGUCUUAGGGAGAGUAUAAAGAAAAAUACCGCCGCAAGAGAAGCAGCAGAAUUAGCCAACAGAAGUAAAAGUGAAUUUUUGGCAAAUAUGUCACAUGAGAUUCGAACACCGAUGAACGGUAUUAUCGGGAUGACCACUUUAACACUUGAAACUGAAUUAACUCGACAACAACGUGAAAAUUUAAUGAUUGUCAGUACUUUAGCUAAUUCUUUGCUGACAAUUAUUGAUGAUAUAUUAGAUAUUUCUAAAAUUGAGGCAGGGCGAAUGACUAUUGAACAAAUUCCCUUCUCACUUCGUUCUGCUGUAUUUGGUGUCCUCAAGACACUAGCAGCUAAAGCUAACCAAAGAAAAUUAGAUCUUAUAUAUGAUGUAGACACCGGAAUACCAGAUCAACUUAUUGGUGAUCCUUUACGUUUAAGACAAGUCAUUACAAAUCUUAUUGGAAACGCCAUCAAGUUCACCACUGAAGGAGAAGUUGUACUGUCUGUGAAUGCCAGAUCAACUGAAAAUGAGCAGGUAACUUUGGAGUUUUGCGUUAGUGACACUGGUAUUGGAAUUCGGGAAGAUAAGAUUGAUGUGAUAUUUGACACAUUUUGUCAAGCUGAUGGAUCAACCACAAGAAAAUACGGGGGUACGGGAUUGGGAUUAUCAAUAUCUAAACGACUUGUAUCAUUGAUGGGAGGUGAUUUAUGGGUAAGGAGUGUUUAUGGUCAUGGAUCAGAAUUUUACUUUACAGUUAAAGUAACACUCGGUACAAUGAGCAAAGAACAUGUCAGCCAAAAAAUGGCGCCUUGGUAUGGUCGACAUAUAUUGUUCAUUGAUACAAUGUACGAUGAAACUGGUGUAGUUAAUAUUAUAGAAGAAUUAGGACUUCGACCAAAAAUAGCGAGAUCAGUUGAAGAAACAGCAAUUAUUACCGCAUCUCGUAAAUCAGAUACUCCCUUGUUUGAUACUGUAAUUGUUGACGAUUUAAAUAUCGUUGAAAGACUACGAGAGAUUGCACAUUUGAGAUAUAUUCCUAUUGUAUUAUUAGCUCGAAUGAUUCCAAACUUAAAUAUGAAAAACUGCAUUGAUCUUGGUAUUACUUCAUAUAGUAGUACACCUACAAGUUUGCCUGAUUUAAUGAAUGCUAUACUACCAGCACUUGAAUCAUAUGCUUCAGUACCAAGCGAUUUUGCAGGACAACCACCAUUGGAAAUUUUAAUGGCUGAGGACAAUAUUGUAAAUCAAAGAUUAGCGGUCAGAAUAUUAGAAAAAUUCGGCCAUAAAGUUGAAAUAGUAUCAAAUGGUAGAUUAGCUGUUGAACAAUUCAAAUGUAAACAUUACGAUCUGAUUUUAAUGGAUGUACAAAUGCCGAUAAUGGGUGGCUUUGAAGCCACACAGAAAAUACGCGAAUAUGAACAAGAUAAAGGUGGUCAUGUACCUAUUAUAGCAUUGACAGCUCACGCAAUGUUAGGUGAUCGAGAGAAAUGUCUCUCGGCUGGAAUGGACGAAUAUGUUACAAAGCCAUUGAGAAUGAAUGAUUUAAUUGCUACGAUAAACAAAUUCCCAGUUAAAAAUCCAAUUGAAGAAAUAGCAAAAGAAAUAUCUCUAAUUCCUAAUCAACACGAUUCACCUCAUGUAUGA